CGAUGCGCUGCAGAACAUCACUAUUAAUGUCAAAAAAAGUAAAGCUUGUGAUUGAUGGUAGCUUGUUUGAUUAUAACAAUACGGAAAUUACAAAUUAAAUCACUGCAAUAAAUCUAAUUUAACUGAUCAGCUAAUUCAAUUGGUUUUGAUUGAAGUAUUUAAAAGUAUUGUUUUGUGCGAUUCCGCCUUCUGUACGAAUUGCGAUGUGCGUUGUUUGUGUUACUUGACAUGUACCUAUGUUGCGAUUUCCUAAAUAGAGCUUUCAUGUCGUGUUUAAAAAUAACAUAGUUGAGUCGCGACGAAUCCGCCGACAGCGUCUGAUCUUGAGCAUCUAGGUCUUCACCAUGGUUGCUAAGUCUGCGGUUAAUUUUACUUUGCUUAUGCUUGGUAUACAAGGGACGGUAUUAGGGGCACCUCCUAUGGAAGAAAACCUACCACCCAGACCGAAAGGAGGUGGAGUUGAAACAAAAUUCUGUGAAUUUUUUAAUGAUUCUUCAGUUUGCGAUGAAACAAAAAACCCCAACUGUCCACCACCUGAAGUAAAAAGGGAUGAAUGUCAAGCGAUAGAAUCUGAUAAGAGUAACCACUGCUUUACUCUAUGGCAUUUUAAUAAUGAAACAAACAAAGCAACAGUGAAAGUUAAGGGAUGUUUCCUUGAUACUGUCGCUUGUAAUGACAGAGCAUCAAGUUGUAGACUACAUAAUGUGAAACUGCCACUCCUUCAUUGCUGCUGUGAAGGUGACAUGUGCAAUGAGAAUGCAACAUUCCCAGGACUAGAAGCGGGUAUGACAGCGCAAACUGAGUUGCCACCGGAGAGAGUACCAGCAUCACCAUUACCAACCCCUGAUGAUACUAAAGCUGUGAUUGCGUACACAUUGACACCUUUGUUCAUACUGUUUGGGAUUCUAGUAGGUUGUUACCUAUUAUAUCGGAAACGUAAAGGUAGCUCUUUUGCUGAAUUGGCUAAUGGUGAAGCAUCAUUGUCAAGGCCACCAUCAGCAGGCGCUGGUAUGGAUCAUGAGACAGGUGGAUUGCUCAGUCAAGUUACAUUAUGUGAGGUGCGGGCGAGAGGUCGAUUUGGUGCGGUUUGGAGAGCGAAGUUAGGACCAAAAGAUGUUGCAGUGAAAGUCUUUCCGUUGCAAGAUAAACAGUCAUGGUUGGCUGAACAAGAGAUAUAUCGUCUUCCGAGAAUGGAUCAUCCAGAUAUUUUGCACUAUAUUGGAGUCGACAAGAAGGGCGACAACUUGCAAGCUGAAUAUUGGCUUAUUAGUGCAUAUCAUGAGAAGGGUUCUCUGUGUGACUACUUGAAAGCACAUACUCUAACCUGGGCUGAAGCUUGGCGUAUCUCCGCUUGUGUGGCACGAGGGUUGGCACACCUUCAUGAAGAAGGAGGUGGAAAGCCAGCAGUCGCUCAUCGGGACUUCAAAUCAAAGAAUGUACUCUUAAAAUCUGACAUGAGCGCUUGUAUUGCUGACUUUGGACUUGCGUUGAUCUUUGUUGCUGGAAGAGGAUGUGGUGAUGCUCACGGCCAAGUCGGAACACGAAGAUAUAUGGCACCUGAAGUACUGGAUGGAGCAAUAAACUUUACUAAGGAUGCUUUCUUGAGAAUUGAUAUGUAUGCCUGUGCACUUGUGUUAUGGGAGAUUGCAUCAAGAUGUGACGAAGGUGGUGUAGAACCAACCGCACAGUACAGGUUGCCCCUUGAAGAAGAAGUUGGUUCCCAUCCGGGAUUGGAGGAGAUGCAGGAAGCUGUCGUACAGAGGAAACUGAGACCACAUAUCCCACCAAGAUGGCGAGAGCAUCCGGGAUUAUUUGUUCUUUGUGACACGAUGGAGGAGUGCUGGGACCACGACGCGGAGGCUCGACUCUCCGCGUCAUGUGUUCUCGAGCGUGUGGCGGCGCAGCGGCCGGCGUCGGCCUCCGCCCCCGCCCCCGCACCUGUCACACAUGACACCACCCCUCUACUCAUCCACGAGCUCGCUGAACAACAAGCCUGCUGACCAGCACAAGAUCUACCCUUGAUUGAGUUCUAAGGGUCAGUACAACGAACAAUUUAACUAUGGUGUUACGAUUGACUCCUUCCUAAUGUUCCUUUGUUUAUAAAGUAACAAAUUAAGUAAUAGAAAAUCAUGGUUCAUGUUGAUUUAAUUAUUGAAUUUAUUUGACGAUGGGAAAAUUGUAUUUGUGACUCCACCUUGAAGAAUAUCAGAUCUUUAAAUUAUUAUUCAGCCAAUCAGUAUUGUAAGUACAAUUAUAUUAAGGGAACAUCAAAGUUUAAUUAUUGUCAGAUAUUUAAUUGUGACUAAAGACGACUAUCAAAUCAUUGAACUCGUAAAAAUAUGGACGUAUUGACAGCUGUCAAAAUGACGUUUGUAAAUAGUGAUGUUAUCCGAUUGUCAGGAGACAUUAAUAUAAAAUAUUGUGAAUCGAUGAUUUUAUAUUUUAAGGACAUGAUCAUUAAUAUAUUUUUAAUUUUCUUUAAAAAAAUAUUUAUCCACAAUAUGGUAGAGAGAUUAUUGAUUAAUAAUAGUAUUGGGUUUAGAAUCGUAUAAUUUCCAUGGCUUUGAUGCACAAUCUUGCCUACUAAAGAAUUAACUUGUCCAAUAAUUGUUUUCUCUUUAAAAAAACUGAUAGACAUUUUUAUUAUAUGGUCAUCCUUAAAGCUAUUUUAUGGUAUUUUGUUUAAACUUGGACAUGUGUUGAUUUUUUUUUCGUUUACGACAAUUUUUAUAAACUUUUCAUCAUGU